AUGGGAAGGGCAAGAUGUUUAAGUUUCAGACAGAGGGUGUAUGAUGUAAACUUCAGAGGAAAAUACGAAUUAUACGAUAAAUACAAGAGAUAUACGACCUUUCGAAGAAUGCUACGGUCCAUAUGCCCGAAAUCAGGGAGGGACAAUGAAUUAGCACCGCUUGAUUUUCAGACACCAGCCAGAUUUGACAACCAUUACUACCUUAACAUACUCCAAGGGAAAGGUUUAUUUGGGUCUGAUAAUGUGUUGGUCACACAAGAUCAUGAUGGGGAGAUACUAAAGCAGGUGUGGGCUUAUGCCUCUGAUCAAAAGCUUUUCUUUGCUUCAUUUGUAAAAUCAAUGAUCAAGAUGGGAAAUAUCAAUACAUUGACCGGAAACCAAGGAGAGAUCAGGAAGCAUUGUAGGUUUGUCAAUGCCUAG